UUGAUUCUUUAAUAUCCAAUUCUCUUUCUUUAUUUUUGCAUUGGCUCUCUGUCUCUUAUGAAUCUUGUUUGACUUCUCUAUACUUGUACAAUCAACGCUUAAUAUCUGUUUGGUUCUCGAGAAAAUUGUAGAAGUAACUCGAGUUAUUGGUGUUUCUCGAGGUUACAUACCUCGAGUUAAAGAAUAAAUGUGGUUGAAGGGAAAGAAAGAUUUUGAUGAUUACGGUGAUUUGUUGGAUUCAUCUUUCUUUGCAGAAAAUAAAGAAUCUGUAAAGGGUUCUUGUUAUUUUUCUUUGAAUUUUGUUAAUCUAGUGAAGGAUUAGGAUUGACAAAUGAAUGUGGUUGGCAAAGUUGGGAGUUUAAUUUCACAAGGCGUGUAUUCUGUUGCUACACCUUUCCAUCCUUUUGGUGGGGCUGUUGAUGUGAUUGUUGUUCAGCAACAAGAUGGGAGUUUCCGAAGCACACCUUGGUAUGUUCGGUUUGGGAAGUUUCAGGGUGUGUUGAAAGGGGCUGAGAAGGUUGUUCAUAUAACUGUUAAUGGUGUUGAAGCGGAUUUUCAUAUGUAUCUUGAUAACUCCGGGGAAGCAUAUUUUGCAAGGGAGGUUAAUCCUUGCAAAGGAAUCGAGACAAAUGAUGAUUUGAAAGAUUCUGAUGAUGAAGUUUUACAAGAUGAAGGUAAUAAAAAGAUUGGUGAAUUUUGUAGACUUGACCAUAGUAUCUCAGAUUCAGCGGUGGCUCAGUUGAGGAACGAACUUGAUUCCACAAAUCCAAAGAGGUUUGAAAGGGCAGAAUAUGAUACUAGGUUCUAUGACUUUCAGGAUGAGCAGUCCUUAAUAGAGGGAUCGGUUAAUUUGUCAGAAUAUGGGUCUACCAGAUAUGAGGGUUUAAAUGGUGAGUGUUUUGGUGAAGCACAGGGUUCAGAUUCAGAAGUUGUCUUGGUCAGUGUGGAUGGCCACGUACUUACAGCCCCUGUCUCAGCAUCAGAACAGAGUGCCGAAAAUGUGCAUCUAAGCACACCUCAGUUCCAUCUAGGACCAGGUGAAGAACCUGACUUCUGUGGGAACAAUGAGGAGUUUAGUUCAAGUGACAAUGUAUGGGCUGCUGACUAUAUAAGUAAGCUCAAUUCAGCCGCAGCUAAGGAUUCCUCUGAUACCAUUUGCAGCUUGAACAGUGAUUCUACUACUUUGAACCAUCCAGAAGUUUAUGGAAAUGGGGUGGAACAUGCCUGUCAGACUGAAGAAACUCCGAACCUUUCUAACCAUGUCCGAGACAGUGAAGUGAGCAGGCAGAGUGAUGUUGAAGAUGCAUCCAUGCAUAAUAAGGAUGAUAUUUUUAAGAGCUGCCUUGAACUAUCUGAAUUGGGCAGAUACAGGGAAGACAUUAUUUCUGAAGACAUAGUUAGCCCAUUAGAAGCUCAGGUUUCACAAGAUAAACCUCCUUUCAGUCUUCCAGACGCUGAUGAAACUGAAGAGGGAGCUGUUGGUGACUCUAGAAAUAAAGAUGUGUUAUCUUCCUCUUGUAGUCCCGAUUUGUCCAACAAUAAUGGAUCUCUUGUUUUACUAGUUGAGGGUGAAACAUUUGAAAAAGAAGUGCGGGAUACAGAUCAUACAGGUUCCAACAAUUCAUCUAUUGAUUCUGUUAGUAAUGACCCUGAACAAAAAGAUGAACAAUUUGGUACAUCAGCAGCAACUGAAGGGAUAAAUAGCAGUGAGCAAAGUCCUGCGCCUGAGGAUAAGAGUAGGAAACAUGAGAUCAUGGAAACUGCAACUUCUGGUGAAGAGAUAGAAACUCGUGCUAGCUCGGGAUUUGAGAUCUCACUUUGUGGAGAUGAACUUCAUGCGGGUAUGGGACGAGAUGCUGCUGCAGAAGUCUUUGAAGCACACCGCAUAUCACAUGAGGAAUAUAAAAAUAAUGCAAUGUCCAUUAAUAGUAAUGCAAACCUAAUCAUCCGAUUUGGAGAGAGGUACAUUCCAUGGGAAAAAGCUGCUCCUAUUGUUCUUGGAAUGGCUGCAUUUGGUUUAGAGUUAGAUGUUGAACCCCAAGAUGCAAUCCCUGUUGAACAGAAUGAGUCAUCAAACCCAAAGAACGAUGAUUAUACAAUCACUUCCACAUCCUCUGGUCGUAGAUGGAGGCUUUGGCCUAUUCCCUUUAGAAGGGUCAAAACACUUGAGCACACCCACAGUAAUUUAUCUACCGAGGACGACUUUGUAGAUACCGAAUCUACUCUACAAAAUUCACCAGUAGGUUCAACUGCAGAAUCCAGUGGGAAGAUUGAAUCUCCCCGCAAGCAAUUUAUUAGGACAAAUGUUCCCAAUAGUGAGCAGAUAUCUUCCUUGAAUCUGAAAGAUGGUCAGAAUAAGAUUACUUUCAGCUUCUCCACCAGGGUUCUGGGAACACAACAGGUUGAUGCUCAUAUUUACCUGUGGAAGUGGAAUGCAAAGAUCGUAAUCUCAGAUGUUGAUGGCACUAUCACUAAGUCUGACGUUUUAGGCCAGUUUAUGCCAUUAGUUGGAAGGGAUUGGACACAAUCUGGUGUAGCUAAACUUUUCUCUGCUAUUAAGGAGAACGGAUAUCAGCUGCUAUUUCUGAGUGCACGAGCAAUUGUUCAGGCAUAUCUAACCAGAAGUUUUUUAAUCAACCUGAAACAGGAUGGAAAUGCUUUACCGAAUGGACCUGUUGUUAUUUCCCCUGACGGUUUGUUUCCCUCAUUGUACCGUGAAGUAAUAAGAAGAGCACCUCAUGAGUUUAAAAUAGCAUGUUUGGAGGAUAUUAAGAAACUGUUUCCCUCCGAUUACAAUCCGUUUUAUGCGGGCUUUGGAAACAGAGACACGGAUGAGCUGAGCUAUAGAAAAAUCGGGAUUCCCAAGGGCAAGAUUUUUAUCAUCAACCCAAAGGGUGAGGUGGCCGUUAGUCAUUGUAUCAAUGUGAAGUCGUAUACGUCGUUGCAUACUCUCGUUAAUGACAUGUUUCCUCCAACCUCGUUGGUCGAACAGGAAGAUUUUAACUCGUGGAAUUUUUGGAAAAUGCCGUUGCCGGAUAUCGAGUGAGCCUGCCGGUAGAGAUUACAAAAAUACGCGCCACAUACAGAAGAGAUUAUUGAAGCUUUAAACCUUGCGUUCUGCGGUCUUCGUUUUGUAUUACAUUCAAAUGAUUGUACGGAGUCAUAGGUAGGUGAAGUGAAUAAAUUCAAUCAUUGCCUCCCUCAAUAGCUGUUUUGUUCCCGUAGAGAUUACAACAUUCUUUAUGUUUAUUUUGUACGACUUUAUAAACUUCAAUAAUAAUACAAUUUUUACAUUAUAGCAGUA